CCCCCCUUUAAAAGCACCUCUUCAGCAGUUAUUCAAAAAGCCACCAGCUCUGCUCAGAAUCACUCCUCAAUAGCAGCUCAAACAGGAACCAUGAAGUGUCUGAACAACCGAGCUGAGAGCCACCUGACUGGAAUAGUGGAGUCGGAGCUGGACAGCAUGGGGAACGGGUCCUGGGUAAACCACGGCUACUGUGGAAGCCCGCCACCCAUACCCCGGGAAAUCAGCACCAUCUACAGCCCACAGACGCACUUCCAGGGCUCCAUGGAUGGCAUGUACACACUAGAUGCCCGGGGCCUAAUCCCAGAGGAACCUUCCUCCUCUGACCAAACAUUCAGUAAGAAAAAACGAGGCUGCUGCUCGUUUAUUAAAGGGUUGUGGGGCACCACAUGGACCGAAAACACGUCCAACAGCAGGGAGUCGUUUAUCCGAACCACUCUACGGGAAUUGUUGGUCUAUGUGGUGUUUCUGGUGGAUGUUUGUCUUUUGACAUACGGGAUGACCAGUUCCAGCGCCUAUUAUUUCACUACAGCCAUGACGAACCUGUUUGUGAAUUCGCCCGGUGCUAGUGGGGUUGCGUUUCAGUCCAUUGGCACCAUGGCUGACUUCUGGACGUUUGCCCAAGGUCCAUUGCUGGAUGGUCUCUACUGGACCAAAUGGUACAAUGACCAGUCCCUCGACAGCGGGAAUCAAUCUUUCAUCUAUUACGAGAACAUGCUGCUAGGUGUUCCCAGAGUGAGGCAGAUCAAGAUCAAGAACAACUCCUGCAUCAUCCCCCAAGACUUUGUGAAAGAGAUCUCCGGAUGUUAUGGUGUCUACAACGAGAAGAAGGAAGAUGACAUUGGCUUUGGUCUCAUCAAUGGCACUGCUUGGACGUAUCACACAGAGCAACAGAUCAAAGGUUCCUCCUACUGGGGCUUGCUGACUACCUACAGCGGAGCGGGAUAUUACCAAGAUCUAAGUCGGACCAAGGAGGAGAGCGCCGACAUCCUGGCUGAACUCAUGGACAACCUGUGGCUGGACAGAGGAACCAGAGUUGUCUUUAUUGACUUCUCCACAUACAACGCCAACAUCAACUUGUUCUGCGUCAUCACGUUGGUGGUUGAAUUCCCAGCAACCGGUGGCGCGCUCACGUCCUACCAGAUCAGAACAGUCAAACUGAUUCGCUACAUCACCCUCUGGGAUUACUUCAUCCUUGGCUGUGAACUGGUCUUCUGUGUAUUCAUCUUCUACUAUGUUGUGGAGGAGAUCUUAGAGCUGCAGAUACACAAAUUCUCCUACUUCAAAAGCAUUUGGAACAUACUGGAUAUCGUAAUUAUUCUGCUCGCCAUCGUCGCCAUCAUCUUCAAUAUUUUCCGAACCGCCAAAGUGAACAACUUGCUUGGUAAACUGCUGGAAAAUCCAGACAUCUAUGCCGAUUUUGAAUUUCUAGCAUUCUGGCAAACACAGUAUAACAACAUGAAUGCAGUGAACUUGUUCUUUGCCUGGAUUAAGAUUUUCAAGUACAUCAGUUUCAACAAGACCAUGUCGCAGCUGUCCACCACACUGGGUCGAUGUGCCAAAGACAUUUUGGGAUUCGCCAUCAUGUUUUUUAUUGUUUUUUUCGCUUACGCUCAACUUGGAUAUUUACUGUUUGGAACACAGGUUGACACGUUCAGCACUUUUGUAAAUUGCAUUUUCACACAGUUCCGAAUCAUCCUUGGAGACUUUGAUUUUAAUGCCAUCGAUAGCGCAAACAGAAUUCUGGGGCCCAUCUACUUCGUAACCUUUGUGUUCUUCGUUUUCUUUGUUCUGCUGAACAUGUUUCUGGCCAUCAUAAAUGACACCUAUUCAGAGGUUAAGGAGGAACUGUCUUCUGAAGAGGAUGAGCUUCAAAUAUCUGAAUUCCUCAAACAGGGCUACAUGAAGACCUUUAUGAAACUGAAGCUUAAAAACGAGAAAAUACGCGAUGUUCAGAAGGCUCUGGAGUCUGGAUCUGGAGAAAUAGAAUUCAAGGACUUCAGAGAAACUCUUAAAGAGAUGGGACACUCUGAUCAUGAAAUAUCUGCAGCCUUCUCACAGUUUGACCAUGAUGGAAACAAGAUUCUAGACGCAAACGAACAAGAAAGGAUGAAAAUGGAGCUGAAGGAAAAAAAGGUUGCUCUUAAUGCUGAACUUAACAAUCUUGGAAAAAACUACGAAAAAGAUUUGAGAGAGAGGCCUCCGGUCACAUCAAACGAGCAAAAGAGUCAAACCUCUGUGGAUGACGAUCAGUUCCUUAAGCUGGCCAAACAAGUUCUUCAGAUUGAAAACUCUGUAGCCGUCGUCACAUCUAGGAUUGAGAUGAUCAUGGACAAACUGGGAAUGCAGGAGCAAACUAAAGGAACUGAAACAACAGAGAAACCGUCGGUGACCAGUAAGAACAGUGAUAAAGCUCCUUCUGAUGGUGUGGAUCGUGCUGAGAGAGGAACAACAGCUGAAAGGUCAUCAAGAAAACCUGCGGUCCUCGCCAACUCCAAAUUCGACCCUCAUAUGUGAUCAGCAUCAAACACACCGCGGAUUACCUUGGAUCGUUUAAUUUUCACUCUAUAUGGUCUUUUCAGAGACAGAACCCCACAUUUACAGUCAGGCCCAUGAAUAUUGAGACAUCGGCACAAUGCUAACAUUGUUGGUCCUAUACACCACCACAAUGGAUAUCAAAUGAAACGAACAAGAUGUGCUUUAACUGCAGACUGUCAGCUUUUAUUUGAGGGUAUUUACAUCCAAAUCAGGUGAACGGUGUAGGAAUUACAACAGUUUGUAUUUGUGCCUCCCACUUGUUAAGGGACCAAAAGUAAUGGGACAGAAUAAGAACCAUAAAUCAAACGUAUACAUUUCAAUACUUGGUUGCAAAUCCUUUGCAUCAAUUACAGCCUGAAGUCUGGAACACAUAGACACCACCAGACGUUGGGUUUCAUCGCUGGUGAUGCUCUGCCAGGCCUCUACUGCAACAGUCUUCAGUUCCUGCUUGUUGCUGGGGCAUUUUCCCUUCAGUUUUGUCUUCAGCAAGUGAAAUGCAUGCUCAAUCGGAUUCAGGUCAGGUGAUUGACUUGGCCAUUGCAAAACAGUCCACUUCUUUCCCUUCAAAACUCUUUGGUUGCUUUUGCAGUAUGCUUUGGGUCAUUGUCCGUCUGCACUGUGAAGCGCCGUCCAAUGAGUUCUGAGGCAUUUGGCUGAAUAUGAGCAGAUAAUGUUGCCGAAACACCAGAAUUCAUCGUGCUGCUUUUGUCAGCAGUCACAUCAUCAAUAAAUACAAGAGAACCAGUUCCACUGGCAGCCAUACAUGCCCACGCCAUGACACUUCCAGCACCAUGCUUCACUGAUGAGGUGGUAUGCUUAGGAUCAUGAGCAGUUCCUUUCCAUCUCCAUACACUUCUAUUCCCAUCACUCUGGUACAAGUUGAUCUUGGUCUCAUCUGUCCGUAGGAUGUUGUUCCAGAACUGUGAAGGCUUCUUUAGAUGUUGUUUGGCAAACUCUAAUCUGGCCUUCCUGUUGUUGGGGCUCACCAAUGGUUUACAUCUUGUGGUGAACCCUCUGUAUUCACACUUGAUUGUUGACUUUGACACAGAUACACCUACCUCCUGGAGUAUGGACAUAGAGCCGAUUGAUGUUCUUGACCUGGCCAACUGUUGUGAAGGGUGUUUUCUUCGAUUCUUCGGUCAUCCACCACAGUUGUUUUCCGUGGUCUUCCGGGUCUUUUGGUGUUGCCGAGCUCACCGGUGCGUUCCUUCUUUUUGAGAAUGUUCCAAACUGUUGUUUUGGCCACGCCUAAUGUUUUUGCUAUCUCUCUGAUAGGUUUCUUUUGUUUUUUUCAGCCUAAUGAUGGCUUGCUUCACUGAUAGUGACAGCUCUUUGGAUCUCAUCUUGACAGUUGACAGCAACAUAUUCCAGAUGCAAAUAGCACACUUGAAAUGAACUCUGGACCUUUUAUCUGCUCAGUGUAAUUGGGAUAAUGAGGGAAUAACACACACCUGGCCAUGGAACCGCUGAGAAGCCAAUUGUACCGUUACUUUUGGUCCCUUAACAAGUGGGAGGCACAUAUGCAAACUGUUGUAAUUCCUACACCGCUCACCUGAUUUGGAUGUAAAUACCGUCAAAUAAAAGCUGACAGUCUGCAGUUAAAGCACAUCUUGUUGUUUCAUUUGAUAUCCAUUGAGGUGGUGUAUAGAGCCAAAAAUGUUAGCAUUGUGUCGAUGUCCCAAUAUUUAUGGACCUGACUGUAUGUAACUAUAAUGAUAACCAGCCACAGAAGGGCAACAUUUGCAUUAAGUUCUGUAAAAUCUAAUGAUCUGCUUAUUAGGAGUCUGAACGCACAACUGACUAGAGUUGAAGACAACUAUAUUUAAAGAGUAGUUAUAAGAAGCAAUGUAAUAAUCUAAUAUUAUGUGAUGCACUUGUUUUAGUCACUUCAUUCUGAUGGAUGUUAAUUUUACAUCAGCUCAUCUACCUUCAGAAUACACUCACUGACACUGAUUUGAGAGUAAUUUGGCACGUGAAGUUCAGCAAUGAUUAUGUAAAUGAUUUAAUAAGCGAGGUGCAUCAGAUGGCAUCACGAGCGGCGUGGUAGUCGGUCCGCGAGGUUGCUCUAAACGUUCUGGUCACCUUCAAGCAACAUUCCCAUCAUUUGUCCUGGUAUUGUUUAUACAAGACCAACAUUUUCUUCAGCCCUGGUUUGUUGUGUUUCCAUUUCCCACCUGUAUCUACUCAGUGUGGCGCAACUUUGUUUGGCCCAAUUCCAAGGCGCCUCCACUAGUAAUGGAUACCAGCUUCGAACUGGCAUCUGACUUACAUGGUUCAGCCUUGCCUCGGUUUUGUAAUAUGAACAUUUUAUGGAUAUUUGUUGGGAAUUCUGAGGAUACUCAGCCAAUCAGAAGUGCUGAGAGUUUCCCCACCCUCCAAAGUGCUACCAGGCCUGUUUUGUAGAAUAAACACCCAUGCUGGUAUUCUAUUUUGGCCCUGAGGAUUGUUAGAUUGUACACCAGUACACGACUGUACACGAUCAGCCAGACGAUGAGUUUACCGGAUUGGUGCUUGGACCUAGCCUGGCAAGCCAGACUAAACUAAUAUAUUAUUUAGUCUGGCAAUGCUCCAUUGACGGCUCUCGGUCAAGAGCCGUUGUCUUUCAAAUGAUCGCCGCAUGCUACUGGACAAUGAACGUGAGGUACUCACCGCAACGGAUGUCGGUAAACGUGGCAGUCUGCAAUUGGGAGGUGAAAAUACAUCCUUUAAAAAAAAUAAAAGAAUUUAAAUACAUCUAUCUGCUCCUGAUUCUAAUAAAGCCCAAGUUCAAAUAGUCUAAAAUAGAUGUAAAGCGGCUUCAAACUAGCUGUUGCCAUCUUGUUCCAUUUUGUUGCAUCAUCCCGCCCACCAAACGAAUAGAGAACCCUGAUUGGCCCACAAAGCGAAUAAAGAGCUGUGAUUGAACCACAACUGUGGACCAAUCAUCCCUAUAGAGAGCUGUGAUUGGCCAGCCAGAAUGCUGCUAGGGGCGACAGAGGUUCCAAUGGAGCAGUCCUAGACCAAACUUUGCAAAGCCAGAAUUUGGUCUAAUUCACUAGGCUAGCUUGGACCUGGUGGCACGGAGAGCUGAUUGGUGAACCUCAUAGCACAGCGCAACAUCAGUGACCUUCUGCAUCUACCGUAUUUUCCGGACUAUAAGCCGCUACUUUUUCCCACGCUUUGAACCAUGCGGCUUAUAACGAGGUGCGGCUUUAGUCAACCAGAAAAGAUGGAUGCUGGAAAGUCUAAUGAAGGAAUGGUUAAAGGAGCGCUACGGAAAGCGCCCAGGAGGAUUUUUUUCACAGUAAAACGGCGCUGCUUGUUUUCCCAGCUUCUCCCCGGGAUGAUGACAGCAACACGGAGAGCGACACUGACAUCGCCACAGAAAAGGUGUGUGACGAAGCUCUUCUGAGGCUGUUCAACUGCGACACUGAAGAAGAUGACUUCAGUGGUUUCAGUGCGCAGGAGGACGAUGAAUAAACUAAUCAAUAACUUUUCUGUUUUGUUUGAUACUGAUCAGUUCAGUCACGUUCAGUUAAACUACGUUUUCAAUUCAGUAGAUAUCUGCGGCUUUUAGCCCGGUGUGGCUUAAACUGAGGUGCGCUCUAUAGUCCGGAAAUUACGGUACUAGUCUGCCCCAUCUGAGACGGUACCCAUCCAAGCUUCACGCUGAGGGCUCACUGUAGACCAGAUCCUUCGAUCUUUCCCCAAUCAAACCUAAACGGGAGUGGUUUGAAUGUUAACUCUGACCCAGUUCUGAUCUGAGAAACCUUAAGGGCUGGUUCCAAAAGUUGAGUUGAGCCCGGAGUGAACAGGAAGUCAUAAGGUCUACCACAUUGUGUCUUUUUGUCAAAGAGCUUAACCCUCCCACUGUCUUCAUGGGUGACCCCGCAAAGACAGUUGACCAUUGAGCAGGAUUGAUGGUUUAUCCCUCGAGAUCCACGUGGCAGGGGUGAGGAGUGAGCACCACCUCACCCCUGCCACGUGCUGUCUUUGUGGGGUCACCCAUGAAGACAGUGGGAGGGUUAAUAGUUAAAGAGUUCGUGGUGAAUUCUUACAUCAUUUAUCCUGAAUGAAGAAGGCAAACUGGGGUGAUGUUAUUUUGGGUUAAACAUUACAAGAUUUACAGCGUUUGAAUGAAGCAAUU